GACGAUCGCAGGAGGACGACGAGGAGGAGCACGACGACGGUGAGCGGGAGAGGAGCGACGACGAUAGCGACAGCGACGACGACAUGGAGGAGAGCCAGCUGCUGAUGACGGAACUGCCGUCGCCGUUGACGCCGAGCGCCGGUCGAGGCGGUACCACGCUGCUACACCGUCCGGGCCACUACUACCACCUGCACCAGCCGCACCUGGCGAUCCCGACGUCGCAGAACCAGGCGAUCCUCCAGCACAACACGGCGCCGCACUACGGCGGUACCGAGGGCAAUGGCGGCGGCGGCGCCGGCACCGGCACCGCGACGACCGCGAUCGCCGCCGCCGCCGGCGGCCUCCCGGCGGCCUACACCAGCGUCAACCAGGGCGGCAUCUCGUCGUCGCGACUGCACCCACAUCAGGCGCAUCAGCGCGGCACCGCGGCGAUCCACGGCCAGCCCGCAGCCAGCACCCACGUGUCCUCCCUCUAUCCGGAGAUCCUCGCGCUCAUCUUCAGCUACCUGGACGUCCGCGACAAGGGGCGCGCCGCGCAGGUGUGCACCGCGUGGCGCGACGCUGCCUACUAUCGCUCGGUCUGGCGAGGAGUCGAGGCGCGGCUGCAUCUGAGGAAACAGGCGCCGGCGUUGUUCGCCAGCCUGGUGCGACGCGGCGUCAAGCGGGUCCAGGUCCUCUCCCUGCGCCGCGGCCUCAGCGACGUUCUCAAAGGCGUGCCGAACCUCGAGGCGCUCAACCUCUCCGGCUGCUACAACAUCACCGACAUCGGUAUCACGAACGCCUUCUGCCAGGAGUACCCGUCCCUCACCGAGCUCAACCUGUCGCUCUGCAAGCAGGUGACCGACACCUCGCUCAGCAGGAUAGCGCAGUACCUGAAGAACCUCGAGCACCUCGAGCUGGGCGGCUGCUGCAACAUCACCAACACCGGCCUGCUGCUGAUUGCGUGGGGCCUCAAGAAACUCAAGCGGCUCGACCUGCGGAGCUGCUGGCACGUCUCGGACAUCGGUAUCGCCCACCUGGCCGGGAUGAACCGCGAGACCGCGGACGGCAAUCUCGCUCUGGAAUACCUGAGCCUACAGGACUGCCAGCGGCUUAGCGACGAGGCGCUCAGGCACGUGUCCAUCGGUCUCACGACCCUCAAAUCCAUCAACCUGUCGUUCUGCGUGUGCAUCACCGACUCCGGCGUCAAGCAUCUGGCUCGGAUGUCCAGUCUGCGCGAGCUGAACCUGCGCUCCUGCGACAACAUCUCCGACAUCGGUAUGGCGUACCUAGCCGAGGGCGGCAGCCGCAUCACUUCGCUCGACGUGUCGUUCUGCGACAAGAUCGGCGACCAGGCGCUCGUUCACAUCUCCCAAGGCCUCUUCAACCUCAAGUCCCUCUCGCUGUCCGCCUGCCAGAUCAGCGACGAGGGUAUCUGCAAGAUCGCCAAGACCCUGCACGACCUCGAGACCCUCAAUAUCGGCCAGUGCAGCCGGCUCACCGACCGCAGUCUGCACACCAUCGCCGAGAGCAUGAAGAACCUCAAGUGCAUCGACCUGUACGGCUGCACCAAGAUCACCACCGGCGGCCUCGAACGGAUAAUGAAGCUGCCGCAGCUCAGUACGUUGAAUCUUGGUCUGUGGCACGUGCGGUGAUGGCUUUUUCCGUUGCUAAGUGCUAAGCAGGAUGAACGCUGUCAACAUCACCAUCACCAUCACUAUCAUCGUCAUCGUCGUCAUCAUCAUCGGCAUCGGCACCGUCAUCGCCAUCCCCGAUGCGACCCGGGAGGGAAAACUUUGUCUUCGCGCGCAUGUUCACACUGCCGCAGGCGGUAAGUCCGUGUUGCUGUC